AUAUUGCUGUUAUAUUUUAAGUAACACCAUCAUAGAACAUCUGUAAUUCACGAGAUGGCCAAGAGCGAGAGCAUAUAUGCCUGCCUGGUGUUGUUAUUGUUGCUCACAGCGUCUUUUGCUUCUGCUUCUGAUUCUGCUUCUGCAGCUGGAAUAGAAGUGUCUGAGGGAGACAACAAAGCUGUGUGCAGAAAAUGGAGCGCAAGAUAUAUGGGGAUAUGCAUCAAUUCUGAUCAAUGCAACGAGGUUUGCAUUGAUGGGGAACACGCUCUAUUUGGAAAAUGCAAAUGGAGGAAACAUGGACCUGCAUGUUUCUGCUACUUUCACUGUUAGAACAGAACCGUUUCUGUUUCUUAUUUCUGUCUUCUUCUAUCAUACGAGAAUAAAACUCCUGGUCUUAUAAGCAGGAAUAUAAUUUUAGGUCAAAAAUAUUGUAACCUUUUUUAUUUAUUCAAGCAAAUUUUAAUAUACAUAUAUAUUUGUUGUGCCCAA